AUGGGAAUAUUUGAACCGUUUCGAGCUAUCGGUUACAUAACAACGAAUGUACCCUUCUCAGUACAACGUCUAGGCACCGAAACCUUUGUCACUGUCAGCGUCGGCAAAGCCUUCCAAAUUUACAACUGUGCCAAGCUGAAUUUAGUCCUUGUUGGUUCUCAACUGCCAAAGAAGAUAAGAGCUCUUGCCUCAUGUCGAGACUACACAUUUGCGGCAUAUGGCCAUAACAUUGCAGUUUUUAAGCGUGCUCAUCAGGUGGCUACUUGGAGCAGCCACAAUGCCAAGGUUAACCACCUGCUUAUUUUUGGCGAACAUGUUUUGAGCGUUGACAUUGAAGGCAAUAUUUUUAUUUGGGCAUUUAAAGGAAUGGACCAGAAUAUCGCUCCGACUGUUCAUAUUUUGCUAGAAAACAAUUGUCCAAGUUGCAUAAUGCAUCCCGAUACUUAUUUAAACAAGGUAAUUGUUGGAAGUCAGGAAGGUUCCUUGCAACUUUGGAACAUUAGCACAAAGAAAAAGCUUUAUGAGUUCAAAGGGUGGAAGUCGACCAUAUGUUGCUGUGUUUCGUCGCCUGCACUGGAUGUUGUUGCUGUUGGCUGUUCUGAUGGAAAGAUUCAUGUUCACAACAUUCGUUAUGAUGAAGAGAUUGUGACAUUCACUCAUUCUACUAGAGGUUCUGUGACUGCUUUAUCUUUCAGCACUGAUGGGCAGCCCCUUUUGGCAUCUGGUGGUUCAUCUGGAGUAAUAAGUGUAUGGAAUCUUGAGAAGAGGAAGCUUCAGUCUGUCAUUAGGGACGCCCAUGACUGUUCUGUAGUUUCACUUCACUUCUUUGCUAAUGAGCCUGUGCUGAUGAGUUCAUCAGCAGAUAAUUCUAUCAAAAUGUGGAUCUUUGAUACGAGUGAUGGGGAUCCUCGUCUGUUGCGAUUUAGAAGUGGGCACAGUGCUCCUCCUCUCUGCAUCAGGUAUUAUGCCAAUGGACGGCACAUUCUAUCUGCUGGCCAGGACCGUGCCUUUCGUCUUUUCUCUGUUGUCCAGGAUCAGCAAAGUAGAGAACUUUCUCAACGCCACGUAUCUAAAAGAGCAAAAAAACUCAGGCUGAAAGAAACAGAAAUAAAGCUGAAGCCUGUAAUUGCAUUUGAUGUUGCUGAAAUUCGGGAACGUGAUUGGUGCAAUGUAGUUACAUGCCAUAUGGAUACUUCUCAAGCGUACGUGUGGAGGCUUCAAAACUUUGUUAUUGGUGAGCACAUCCUAAUCCCACGUGCAGAGAAUCCAACUCCCAUUAAGUCCUGUGCCAUCAGUGUUUGUGGCAAUUUUGCAGUUUUAGGGACAGCAGGUGGUUGGAUUGAGCGUUUUAAUCUUCAGUCAGGAAUCAGUCGAGGCAGUUACAUUGAUAAGUCUGUGAGAAAAACCUGCGCUCAUGAUGGUGAAGUGAUUGGUAUUGCCUGUGAUUCUACGAAUACCAUUAUGAUAAGCGCUGGAUACCAUGGGGAUGUAAAAGUUUGGGAUUUUAAGGCUCGCCAAAUGAAAUCAAGGUGGGAAAUAGGUUGUUCACUGGUUAAGAUAAUUUAUCAUCAUUCUAAUGGCCUUUUGGCUACUGUGGCAGAUGACUUGGUUAUCCGUUUGUUUGAUGCUGUGGCGUUGAGGAUGGUUCGGAAAUUUGAAGGUCAUACGGAUCGUAUAACAGAUAUGUGCUUCAGUGAGGAUGGCAAAUGGCUUUUAACAUCUAGUAUGGAUGGGACUUUUAGGAUUUGGGAUGUAAUUCUUGCUAAACAAAUAGAUGCUAUAUCCGUUGACGUGUCUAUAACUGCAUUAUCUCUGUCACCGAAUAUGGAUGUUUUAGCAACAACUCAUGUGGAUCAAAAUGGGGUUUAUCUGUGGGUUAAUCGUGCAAUGUUUUCUAGCACUUCUAGCAAUGUUUCCCAUGGGAGUGGGAAGGAAAUUGUGAGUGUUAAGCUACCAUGUGUUUCUUCUGCAGAAGAUUCUAUAGAUAACAAUUUUGAAAAGGCCAAUGCAAACCCUCCACAAGACCAAGACACUUCUCACUCGAUAUUAUAUCAGCAAAUUCCUGAUCUAGUCACACUUUCGCUCUUGCCCAGGAGUCAGUGGCAAAGCUUGAUCAAUCUGGAUAUUAUAAAGGCCCGAAACAAACCGAUUGAACCUCCAAAGAAACCUGAAAAGGCUCCUUUUUUCCUUCCAUCUAUUCCUUCUCUCUCAGGAGAGAUAUUAUUUAACACUAGACAAUCUGCUGAUGAAGAGGAUGCACAUGCUGGUGAAACUGACAAGAAAAGGAAGAAACCUGAUAUCACAGUUUCCCAGUUCUUGCAUUUCCUCCGGUCUUCAGAGGAAAAUAAUUUUGCUGCAUUUACUGAUUAUAUCAAAGGUUUAUCUUCUUCCGCUUUGGAUAUGGAACUAAGGAUGCUUCAGAUUAUAGAUGAUCAAGAUGAGCAAGAACCUGAGAAGAGACCAGAACUGUACUUCAUCGAACUUCUACUGGAUUAUUUUAUACAUGAGAUAUCUUGCAGAAACAAUUUUGAGUUUAUCCAGGCUGGAAUCAGAUUAUUUUUGAAGAUUCAUGGUGAAACUAUUCGAUGCCAAUCAGGGUUACAGGAUAAAGCACGGAAGCUUCUAGAACUUCAGUCAACAGUAUGGCAAAAAGUAGAUACCUUGUUCCAGAGUACUAGAUUUUUGUCUUUUAGAGAAAUUCACAAUACAAAUUUGUUCGACAUAUUGGAUAAGUUAAUUCGGCAAAAGUUUACCAUGUAA